UUAAAUAUAAACCUUAUCUAGACUGUUCUGAAACCUGUGGUCAAUAUUGUGAAACGAAUUUCUUUUAUCAUAAGAAAAUAACAAUGAUGUUAUAUGUAAAAUUAUAUUUUUAGCAUGAAUGAACGGCCUCUGUUGUAAUAAUUUGCGAAAGCGAACUUUUUACACAAUGCGUCAAGGAGGUCAUACCCUAAAUGUGGGUAGUAUUAAGGAAUAUUUGUUUAUGGUGGAUAGAGGCCCCCCGUAAUAAACUCAGAGCGCACUUUCAUCUGAAUACAUAUGUAUGCAUUGUGCAUACAUUAGUGCGAAAGUAAUCGGUUGCGAAGAUUAUAAUUUUUCCAGUACUUCGUUGUUUGGUUAGUCCCUCAUUCUAUAAGCAACAACAUAUGUAUAGCUUUACACGUGUACGUAUAUAUACAUAUAUGUACAUAAUUUUACCUUCACAGCGCGCUACCCCGUUUUACUCACGUACACCACUUCGCUCACUCUUUUUCGUCUUAAAACUCGUAGUAUACACCAACAUACAUAUGAUGGGGCGACGACGACGAUGAGAGAGAUUGCAUUUAAAUCGUCGUGCUGUUCAUUUGCGGCGGUGGAGGUGCUCGUAUUGGAUGCAUUGGAAAAAACAACACGAGACUAACCAACGCAAAAUAAACGCAACGCAAAUAUACUUGUAAAUAAACUAAUAAAAAAAAUCAGUCAGCAGAGUCACAUACACAUAAAUGCACAUACAUGCAUAUAUACAUGUCAUGAGUAGUCACAUCAACAACUGCGAAUCUAUAAAAAUACUCGUAUAUGGAAAGCGAAAAGCUAUGUAGCAGCGAACGGUGAGCCAUAUAGCGGACGGGACAACAAAUUCAGUUCAGUCUCUUGUGAGAAUUCAACAGACAAUAAAGUGUAUUUUUACGAUUUUUAGUAUUUUCGCACACAACUAUUUUAUACGAUUCGCAUUUAACGAAUGAUGUAUUAAGAGCACAAUUUUUCAGUUCAUUUAAACAAAAAAAAAGUUUAAGAAAAGUAAAAACAGUGUAAAUGCACGCAUUGAUAUAAAAAGGCUUACAUAUUUACGCCUACGAACAUACAUAUAAAAAUAUAGAGAAGGUAUACAUAUAUAUAUAUAUAUACAUAUAUUUUUUACAAAAGUCAACAAACGCCCUCGAUAAGCAUAUUGGUUAACAAGAAAAAAGUGUCAAGUGUACAAAUAAUUGUAGUUUAACGCCAAUUUAUGUCUGAAUCCACGGAAGUGACCGCAAAUUUAAAAAGAUUUCCAUACGAAAGGAAGUACGAAUCCAACUUUGGUUAGCUUUUCUACUUGGAAAAAGUAAUACGCACACUUUCUACGUUCAGAGCAGAAAUUGUUUGGUUGAACCCAAAUCUAAACAAAAACAACGACGAAAAGCACAACGAAUACACGUACAAGUGUCCGCAAAACUAUUGGAGCCAACAACACAACUCGUUGAAAUCAACAUCCAGUCUAAAAGCCGAGUGCACGAAGCGUACAUUAUAGUAAAACAUUAACAUGGAUGUGUGGGGUGUUUUUGUUGGCGAUUCGACCAUGUCGUACGGUGGGUCAGUACGCAGCACCUACUACCGCGACUAUGAGCAGUUUCCCUAUGGUACGUUGGAACAUGGCUCGAGUCCGCCAUCUAAGGAUUCCUACAGCAAGGUUCAAGAAAAAUGCAGGCAAGUGAAAUCGGUAAAGGCGCAAAAGAAAGAGUGCCCGUUCUGCAAGGAACAAAAAAAGCGGCCACUCACCAAUUACAUGCGUAAACGGGAGUCUCGCAAGCAUCACGACAGCAUUUGCGAGGAACACGAGGAAGAAAAUGAGGAGGAGGUUGAGGAAGAGGAGGAGUUGCAGGCAGUGACAAUAAAGGGGGCGACAAAUUCGCCAUUGUCAAACGUCGACAGUUUGAAUUGCAGCGCAAAAUAAUUAAAAGUGCCGAAUAUUUACGACGUGCUACAGUAGACCUUUUUCUGUAAAAGGACAUGGAAAAAAGAGAUUUGCGAUUAACAAUAUUAUAAAAAUUAAUUCAUUACGUACCAGGGAUAAUGGUGAAGAUUUAAAAAUGAUUUUUCUAUGAAUGCAUUUCAACGCUUGUGUGUAUAUAUGUACAAGUAUGUAUUUACCAGCUUCUAUAGCACAACAACAAUGACACUACCAUUUUCCGUAUUUUCUAUACAUACAUAUACAUAUGUACAAGAAUAUGAAAAUCAAACAAGGAAUAAUCACAAUAAAUGAUAGAAUGCUAAAAUAAUUAGUAUAUAUUAAUAUUCAUUAGCUUACGUUCGAGUACGUGUAACAACAACAAAAACAAGUAACACACAGAUGUAUGCAUUUCCUUUUUGCAAUCGUAUGUUUUUUGCAUAUUUGCAUCCUAAUGAAAAAAAAACUGGAUUUUUUUUAUAUAUUUAUAUAUUAUUAAUAUAUGAAUACAAGUAUAUAAUAAACAUUAAUAAUUGUAGGAGAGAGACUGAAUCAGGCAAGUUAAUGUUUUCAAUAUAAAUGAAAUAAUUUAUAAUUUUUAUUACUAAAACCUUCCAAAUUAAGAUUGUUUACUAUUAAAAAAUUUAAAAAAAAAAGUGAAAAUAAUGAAAAAAAAAACAGCAAUUUACAAAAAAAAAUGCAUAGACGCAAUAUAUUUUGGAAAGGCAUUAAAUCUGUCUAUAUUAGACAACACAUGUAAAUAAGUACAUGAUAUAAUAUGUGCAUAUGUCAACUGUUUUGAUAUGGCUUCUUGUUAUUGAUUAUGUUUGUGUACAAUUUAUAGCUUUGACAGUUAACAUAUUGAAAAAAAAAACGAUAACUAAAAUGUAAAUGUUGUAUCUGUAAGUUGAUUAUGUAAUUAUAUAAUAUGAACAAAUUAAAUACGAAUAAUAAUAACACCCAUACUUGAGAUGCUUUCAAUUAUUGAGUGAGAUAAAACUUUUAUUUGGUGAGUUUUGGUCGAAGGGAAAGGCAUAAUUAUAAAUAUAAUUUCAGUUACAGUGUCCAGGCGGGGUUAUAAUGUUUCUCGAAUUGUUUAUACUUCCAUCAAGUCUUAAUCAAUCUUAAAUAUUGUAGAUUUUUUUGUUUGCUGCAAUGAUCUUUAGAAUUAACCUAUAGCGACCUUAAAAAAUAUUGUAUUCUGGCUUGUUUUUAGUAAUUCCUGCUUGAAAGUGGUCAUUCAGAAUUAAGAUUUGUGUUACUUAAACAAAUUUAGGUUAACUUAAGAGAUUACCAAGGCUUUACGUUUGAGCUAUUGUUAUACAAAUUAAAAACAAGAAAAAACGUGAAUACCUUUCCCAAUUAUAAAACUUUCCAUACAAGAACUACAUUUUGAUCGAUCAGUUCGAAGAGUCCGUUGUCUUGGGCAAUAAUCCAUGCCAAAUUUCGCAAAGAUAUCUUGUCAAAUUAAAAAGUUUCCCAAACAGGGACUUGAUUCUAAUCGUUCAGUUUGUACGACAGCUAUGUGCUAUAGGGGUCCGAUAUCGGCGGUUCCGUCAAAUGAGCAGCUAUAUAUAGAACGACGGAUGUGGCUAAAUUGACUCAGCUUGUCACGCUGAUAAUUUAUAUACAUAUGUAUACCUUAUAUUCUAUAGUCUCCGUCCACUAUCUUUUCUUCUUGGUGUUACAAACUUUGUGGCAAACUUAAUAUACCCUGUUCAGUGUAUAACAAUAAUAGUGUGAAUAAUUUUAACUUCUAUAUGGACGACUUAGAUUAUGUUAGUCCGAAAUUAGCCCUUAAUAUGGCAGUUUAAUUCAAGAGUAAUAUGUGCCGUUUUAAAAUGAGCGUUAACAGCCUCUUUAAGUUAUUCGAAAGCGUUAAUUGCGGUAGAUGGAUAUUAUGUUGACCAAAAAUUAUAUAUUACCAAAAUUAUUAGUUUAUUAUUCAAACUCUAAUAGCUUCAAGUUUUCAAUAUAAUUUAUAUAAAAAUUCUCAGACACAUAUGGGAAAAAGAACUUUGUGGUUAAACGUUAUAAACGAAUUUAAUCUAUGUGCACACAGGCAGAAAAAAUUUGUGGUUAGGUUGAAAAAAAUUUAAUGAAAAAACAAUGCGACCGCAAAAUUAGCUGAGUGCACUCGUAAAAAGCAAAUAACAAAUAUGUAUAAGUAUAAAAACAGGAAGAGUUAAGUGUCAUUUUAAUUAACACCACCGUUGCGUCCACAUAUACAUACUAUAAUUUUACUACUUGUACAGACUUAAAAAAAUUGUACACCUAGUUACAAUAUGUUUCAAAAAAUACUAGGCAAUAAAGCACGACAACUUAAUGAGAGUGCAAAGAAUGAUAAAUCACUGAGGGGCAAACCAAAAGCGAAAUCAUGCAAAUGUGUGCCGCAAAGCUGCAAAUGUAAGUUACGAAAUGCAGUCAAGCUGUUGGCCAAACAACGUUAUCAUUUUAGAUCGAAUGAAAUUCUUGUUUGAGUGUUAAAUUAUAAAUAAAAUAAUAUUGAAUUUCUAACUUCAA